AUGCCUGCACUUCACCACUCCGAGCUCGAAGAGGCGCAACAGGGCCAGGCCGACUAUCUCGCAAGCCUCGCCGCUCAGGUCGAGGCGCAGGUCGUCGCCCAGGCACACAUCAACGCCAAGAUCAACGAGGACACUCAGACCAUCCUUCGCGCACAGGAGAUGGGCUGGCGUCCCCCUUCACCGCUCGCUCCGCCCAAUGCCGCCUUUCACAACCUAGCACGCAGCACAAGCAUCAACAGCAACGCCAGCCGCACCAGCGCAACCCCCGCCACCUCAUCCUCGACGCUGCAGCAGCCACAGCCUCAACCCGCUCAAACAGGCACCCCUUCACGAGCACACUCGUCAGCCACCGCCAACGAGCCACCUCCUGCCGUUUCCGCAUCGCUGUCUCCUGCGCCGCUGGCUGACAACGAUGCCGCCUCGGUGCACAGCGUGGCGACCGACCGCACGCCUCGUCAAGUGGAAGCCUCGGCCGAACGCGGCGUCGCCCGACUCGACCGUGCGCCCACGGGCUCCACGAUGAAGUCCAUGGCUGCGCAGCCCGAGACGUGGGAGGCUGCCUCCAUCGCGGCAUCUCGCUCGGGCGACGCCGCGUCGCCACCGCACGGCCACGACCGCACAGACACCUCCGCCCACGAGGGCUCCGUCGUCGACAAGCUCGCCGUUCCGCGCGAAGACUCGGAUGCCGCACCCAGUCUCAGCGCCAGCCACAGCGCACAGGGAUCCGACGACGGCACCCGCAUCCCGCGCACCCCAGACGACAGCGAAGCUCUCCCCGCCCUGCAUGCCGAUCGCGCCAAGCCCACCGCAGCGACUGCAAUGCGUCCUGCCCAGCGCGCGCUCGAAUCGUAUCGCGAGCAGUCCAACCCCACCGACGCCAGCAGGGACGCCAGCAGUGCAAUUGGGCGAUCCGACAGCGUCUACAGCACCAGCAGCCAGCAAAGCGCUCUGGGUCCGCUUGCGGCAAGAGAGGCAAACGCACGUAAGCUCAGCCUGUGGGAGCGCGAGCGCGAACGCAUGCGUCAGCUCGACAACGAUCCCGCCUCUCGCCCCUCCUCAGCGCUCUACUCCACCUCGUCGUCACACAACAAUGGCAGUGGCUGGACGCGGUCCAAGCCGAGUGAGAGCGUAACGAGCGAUCGCAGUUCCGGCUCGCAGAUCGGCAUGGGUCUGCCACGACCCGCCACCGGCGCCGAGGAUGCGGACCGAUAUGCGCCGGCUGUUGGAUCGACGCGCUUGUCGGCGACGGGUGUGACGCGCUCGCUCAGCACCGACACCACCGCGUCCGAGCGCAGCUUUGUCGCGCGGAUGAAGGCGCGCUACCAGGCGGAAAAGGAGCUGGAGCGCGAACAACGCCAACUCAACGUGCUCGAAAAGGAACGUGCGGCAAGAAGAGCCACCAUGGAUCCCACGCUCUCCUUGCCCUCUCUCGGCGGCGCACGCUCCGGCGCGGGUGGGGGUGGGGGACGAGUUCCCGAAAUCGCGUCUCGAUACCAGAUGUCUGGCACAUCAACGUACGCCCAAGAAGUGCCCGCGCGGCGGUACCACGACAGCCUGCCGGCUGGGUCGCGCCUCAGCGCCUCCUCCACUCCCUCGGCCAGUGGUGUGGACGAGUUCGGCGGUUUGAGGCAGACGAGACCGGAGGCGGCGCAUUCGGACGUGUGUGGAUGCCACCAGUGCUCUGCCCGCCACUACGGCAGUGGCACCACGCGUGUCGAACGCACCGAGCGGCCCCGAGAGUACAACGUGCGGCGCACCUCGAUGCCUGUCCCCGCGCGAACCGGACCGGUCGAUCCACCCCGCGCCAAGCAGCAGGCGAUCUACUCGUCCUCCCCCGCACGAGACGAGUACACGCAGUACGCCUACCGCCCCACGCAGCAGCAUGCUUUCGCCAACGCGCCCACGCGCAGCUAUGACGACUCCCCACCCGAUGCAGCGAGGCGAGUGGCGUUUGCACGCCAACCCCAAAGCAUCCGCUAA